UUCUCUCUCUCUUGUUUCACAUUCAUGCUAACGAGACCUACUUCUAAACCGAGUAGGCCACUUAUAUAUAAAGAAAAGAGAAAAGUUACUGUUGAUGGGCAAAAAUAAGGAGUGUGUGUAGAAGUGUAAUCAAUGGAGUCAAACAAGGAUUCGCAGAAGAAGCAAAUGAAGAAGAAGCUGACACCAAUUAGGUCAUUCAGGGAGAAGAGAUCGAGAUUAUACAUCAUUAGGCGAUGCCUGGUCAUGCUGCUGUGUUGGAGAGAGCCUCGUGAUUGAUUUUUCCGAAUCAGUACGCUACUAGAGAAGAGGAGAACUACUUAGAGUAAAAGGGUAGGUGAGUGUAGAAUUCAAUUAAAAUUCCUAUAUAUGAAGAAAGAAGGUGAGUGCAGCCGAAACAACACAACAUGUCAAUGC